GUGCUCGCCGGCGCGGGGGCGUUUCCAGCAGGAGGGCUGCGGAGCGCUAUGGAGCACGUGACAGAGGGCUCCUGGGGGUCCCUGCCCGUGCCGCUGCACCCGCGGGUGCUGGGUGCGCUGCGGGAGCUGGGCUUUCCGUCCAUGACGCCGGUGCAGUCUGCAACAAUCCCUCUGUUCAUGAGAAAUAAAGACGUUGCUGCAGAAGCGGUCACAGGUAGUGGCAAAACGCUGGCCUUUAUCAUCCCCAUUCUGGAAAUUCUUCUGAGAAGGGAAGAGAAGUUAAAAAAGAGUCAGGUGGGAGCCAUAAUCAUCACCCCAACUCGAGAGCUGGCCAUUCAAAUCGAUGAGGUCCUGUCGCAUUUCACGAAGUACUUCCCACAGUUCAGCCAGAUUCUUUGGAUUGGAGGCAGGAACCCUGGAGAAGAUGUCGAGAGGUUCAGGCGACAAGGGGGAAAUAUCAUAGUGGCGACUCCAGGCCGCCUGGAGGACAUGUUCCGGAGGAAGAGUGAGGGCUUGGACCUAGUCAGCUGUGUGAAGUCCCUGGAUGUCCUAGUGCUGGAUGAGGCAGACAGACUUCUGGAUAUGGGAUUUGAAGCAAGCAUAAACACCAUUCUGGAGUUUUUGCCAAAGCAGAGGAGGACGGGCCUUUUCUCUGCCACACAGACACAGGAAGUGGAGAACUUGGUGAGAGCAGGCCUCCGGAACCCUGUCCGCAUCUCAGUGAAGGAGAAGGGUAUGGCAGCCAGCAGCACCCAGAAGACCCCCUCCCGCCUGGAGAACUACUACAUGGUGUGUAAGGCAGAUGAGAAAUUUAAUCAGUUGGUGCAUUUUCUUCGAAAUCAUAAACAGGAGAAACAUCUGGUCUUCUUCAGCACCUGCGCCUGUGUGGAAUACUAUGGAAAGGCUCUGGAGGCCCUUGUGAAGAACGUGAAGAUAAUGUGCAUUCAUGGAAAGAUGAAACACAAGCGCAACAAGAUCUUCAUGGAGUUCCGCAAGUUGCGGGGUGGGAUUUUGGUGUGCACUGAUGUGAUGGCGCGGGGGAUUGACAUUCCUGAAGUGAACUGGGUUUUGCAGUAUGACCCUCCCAGCAACGCCAGUGCCUUUGUCCAUCGCUGUGGCCGCACAGCCCGCAUUGGCCAUGGUGGCAGCGCCCUGGUGUUUCUCCUGCCCAUGGAAGAGUCGUACGUCAAUUUCCUGGCAAUUAACCAAAAAUGCCCCCUGCAGGAGAUGAAACUUCAGAAGAACACAGUGGACCUGCUGCCCAAGCUCAGGGCCCUGGCCCUGGCCGACAGAGCGGUGUUUGAAAAGGGCAUGAAAGCCUUUGUGUCCUGUGUCCAGGCCUACGCAAAGCAUGAGUGCAGCCUCAUCUUCAGAUUGAAGGAUCUUGAUUUUGCUAGUCUUGCUCGAGGUUUCGCCCUGCUGAGGAUGCCCAAGAUGCCAGAACUGAGAGGAAAGCAAUUUCCAGAUUUUGUGCCUGUGGACAUUAAUACAGACACGAUUCCAUUUAAAGAUAAAGCUAGAGAAAAGCAAAGGCAGAAACUAUUGGAGGAACAAAGAAAAGAGAAAAUGGAACAUGAAGGGAGAAGAAAAUUCAUGAAAAAUAAAGCUUGGUCGAAGCAGAAGGCCAAAAAGGAAAGGAAGAAAAAGAUGAAUGAAAAAAGGAAAAGGGAAGAGGGUUCUGAUAUUGAAGACGAGGAUAUGGAGGAACUUAUUAAUGACACAAGGCUCUUGAAAAAGUUUAAGAAAGGCAAAAUUACUGAAGAACAACUUGAGAAGGGGUUGUUGACAAGUGGCAAAAGAAGAGCCACAACAGCAGAUUUGGAGAUGUCAGAUUUGGACGAUGACUGCUGAUUCCAAUGCCUUAGGUGAAGCACAGGAGCAGGAAUGACAAGUUCGAAGGCCAUGUCACCUGCCUGGCCAAUGGGGGCAUGUUCUGGUUCCUACUAUGAUGGAUUCCAGUCCUUGGUAUGCUCCAUAAUGACCAAUCAACCUGUGACCAAAUGGGAAGAUACUUGCCCCGCCAGAUCAGGCUGCGACUCUGUAAUGUACACACUAAAGCGCUUCUUGGCUGCCACAGCUGCUUCAAGUACUCUCAGGACCACUCUGGAGUAGGCGUGAGUCAAUAUUCUCUGUGGAUAGAGAAGGUUUCAUGAAGCGGCACGCUCCCUGGUGACUGCCCACACCAUCUGCACUGUGAUGUGUGCACUAUGUCCUGGCGCUCCAAGCUCCUCUGUAGGCUUUCCUCACAAGUCAACCGUCAUCAGAAGAGACCUUGAGAGUACAUUGAGUUCCUGCUAGAGCAAUGUAGUGUGGGUUUCCCUAGUGGAGCCCCCACACAGGGUCUGAGAGCCCAUGGGGUUCCCUGCGUUGGUCUCCCUAUCUCUAAGACAUAAUUUGCACACUUGGGUAGACAGGUACCAGGCAGAUCACAUCAGUCAAUGUAGUGGGCGAGGUGGCACCACUGGCUGUGGAAAGACUAAGGGGACCCAGGUUCCUUAGCUCUUACUGUUGUCAUGUGGUUCCACUAUUGCCAAAACAUCUGAUUUUUCCAGAGAAUCUGAAAAUCUAAUAAUUAAGUGUUAGCUAAUAAUUUGAAAAUUUUAUGAAUACUGUCUGGGAUAAAAAUAAGCUGUCUGUGGUGCAGAUGAUAUUUGUGGACAUUUACAUGUGGCCCCUGUUCCAAGGGAGAACAUGAAGGAUCAUGUAAAACAGGACGGCAGACAUGGCUCUCUAGCUCCUGUCAGUCCUAUUCGACACAUUAGAAAUGCAGGUUCUCAGGCCCUACCUGGACCUGCUGCAUCUGCAUUUAAUAAGAACCUUUGGUGACUCAUCUGCAUGUUCAAAUGUGAGCAGCCCUGUUCUAAAUGUAGUCUAAAUCAGUGCAGAGAAGGGUGGUGCAGGCAGAGGAUGCCUGCAGAAUACUGACAAGCAUGGCAAGUCUAGGGCAGGGCUGGAGAAGGCUUCGGCAAGAGGUGGCACAACCCUGUCUCCACUUGGCCCAAAAAGGCUUUGUUCGUGAAUUGGCUUUUGUACGGUUUCACUCACACCUACUAUGUAAUUUAUUUAAUAACUUCUAAGGUUUGGAAAGGGAUAAUAAAAAAAGAGGACAAGAUUUAAGAGUUGAAAUGCAAGUAAAAAUCUUUUAUGGUCAGUGGAGGCUUAGGUGGCAAAUAGGAUGUAAGAUGUAUGCUGGUGGGAGAGACAUCAUAAAAGUUUUAUGAGUAUGACCCCUGUGCUGAGAGACUGGCCCAACGAGCAGUUCCUGUCUCUCCUUACUUGACUGAUGUGCAUCUGGCAGCCUUGCAUUACUGCCACAGCAUCUGAAACAAGAUUAAAAUCUCCACCCAGUGCUAACCUUCACCAGGAAGAUGCUUCAUGUUAACCCGUGACAAGAGCUGGUCUGUGGAUUCAACCAACUAUAUAUCCAAUCAUAAAAAUACUUCUUUAGAAGAACUUCUUGUUAAAUUAAGAACCACCAAUGCUAUGCCAAUGUCUUUCUCUGCCUGUUCACACCAACAAGCAUUUAUAAUAAUAUUUAUAUAUUGUUAUAUAUAAUAAUUUAUACAGCACUGUGUAUUUUAUAUAUAUAAUAUAUAUAAUAUUUAUAUAUUAUAUAUAAAUAUUUAUACAGCACUGUGUGCCAGGCAGAGCACUGAGCCCCUAUAUAUAACAUUUCAUUUAGUCCUCACAGUGAUCCCAUGAGGAAGGCUUUAUUGUUGUUCUUAUGAACAGAUGAGAAGACUGAAGAACUUGCCCAAGGUUACUCAUUAAAUAAGUGGAAGAGCUGGGAUUUUAGCCCUAAUCGCCUGAUUCCAAUGUCCUUGCUCUGUUACCACAUGUGAUAGAUAUCUACUCACCGCCCCAUCUUUGAUGAAAGUAUGGCAUAGAUCAGCAAUUUUAUUUCUCGACAGGGAUAUUCUCCUGAGAAAAAGCUCUCCUCGCUCAAUCAUGAUCUUUUUACAUUUAGAGUAAUCCUAGGAAGAGAAGAGCAAAAUGAGGAAAGAAGAUCCAGGUAAAGCUGAGAAUAUCUGCAGUCAAUCAGAGAUGGCGGUCAAUGGCUUACCGAGUACUCCAGGGAGGUAAGGCUGAUGAAACGAAGGAAGAGCUCCCCACCAGAGGACACUGCCACAGAGGAGUCCACGCCACACAGGGUUUCUAUGGCGCUGGUGAGAUUUGCUCUCAGGCCCUGGAUUGUCUCCCCUGGAAUGAUCAAAGGAGAAAUUUGAUGUUCCCCAGAGUGUCACAGUCCCUUGCUAGUGUGUGAUUCAUCCAUAUAGUGAAUAUUUACUGGUUUCAUCUGUAUACCAGACACUGCUCUAGAUGACAGGGAUACAUCAGUGAAAAAGACAGGGCUCUGCUUCCUAGUGGAGGAUGCAAACAAUAAACAAGCAUAUAAAUGAAUUAUAGAAUGUAGUAGAGACAGAAAUGAAUAGAAGGAUGAACAAGGUGCCUACUGGAAAGAGAUGGCCUCUUGGAAUGGGGACCAUUUUAAACUGAGACCUGAAUAAUAAAGGAUACAGCCACAUAAAGACCCAGUGAAGAAAGUUCCAGGCAUAGACCAUAACAAUGCAAAGGCCCCAAUAUGGGAAUAAAAUUGGCAUGAAAAACAAUGAGAAGCUAGCAGGGCUAUAGCAUAGUUUAGGGGCAGACAAUAUGGAACAUAAUUAAGUAGAGGUGAAGAUGAGGUCUGACAGUACAGGGCAGCCUCAGAUUUGAAUGUUGUUGUAGGUAUGAUGCAAAGCCAGGGGAGGUCGUUGUAGAAACACAUCUGUAGGCCAGCCCUUCAGUUUACAAAAGGUGGCCGCAUCAUCAUUACUACCACCACUUUGUUAUACCAUACUCAGACACUUACAUUUAGAACGGUGAAUUAAUAGAUCACAAUGAAUGAUAUUUAAUAACAGAAUUUAUUCUGAAAUGUUCUCUGUAGCAUCUGCAGAGAACUCAGGGCAAAGCCGAAGCUCAAUAAACAUGUAUAAAGUUGAAUUACUGCUGUAAUUUAAGCAUGGUUAAUAUGAGAAAAAAUGGUCUUUUUUGAUUCAAAGCACAUUUCAUUUAUGGAAAGGAUCCUUUCUGAUGACAACUUGAGGGCUAGCUCCAGGUUAAAAGGCCUUAAAUAAAGAAGUUGGCUUAAGGCUAUAGACAAAUA